CGUAUUCGGUUUGUUUGCAUCGGCAAAUGUGUGUUUCGCAGUGCGGUAACACCGAGUCGUUCUUUAUUAAAAUAAAAAACACGACGUCAACUUGCGAAUUCCACACAAAUUAGUCGUUCAAAAUGUCGCACCUCGUGAAAAUGGAAAACGGACAGAGCCAGACCAUCCAGGAGAUGCUGGGCUGCAUCGAGCGCUACAACCCGGAUCAUCUGAAAACACUGGAGGCCUAUGUGCAGGAUCAGGCGAAGAACAACACCUACGAUCUGGAGGCCAACCUGGCCGUGCUGAAGCUGUACCAAUUCAACCCGCACAUGCUGAACAUCGACAUUACGUACACGAUUCUGCUGAAGUCGCUGACCAGCCUGCCGCACACGGAUUUCGUGAUGGCCAAGUGCCUGCUGCUGCCCCAGCAGAUGAAGGACGAGAAUGUGCAGACAAUCAUCGAUCUCGCCGACAUCCUGGAGCGGGCGGACUUCACCCUCUUCUGGCAGCGGGCCGAGGUGAACCGCAACAUGUUCCGCCACAUCGCCGGCUUCCACGAUUCCAUUCGCAAGUUCGUCUCGCAUGUGGUGAGUACCACGUUCCAGACAAUUCGCAAGGACCUGCUGAAGGAGCUGCUCGGCGGCAUCGAGGACUCUACGCUGGAGAGCUGGAUUAAGCGCAACGGCUGGAAGCACCAGGGCCAGGGACUGGUCGUCGUGGCCAUGCAGGACGACAAGAUCAAGACAAAGAACAUUACGGAGAAGAUCGAGUUCGACAAUGUUGGCGGCCUGAUGGCUCAGUGCCUGUAGGAACCUCAUUCGCGUUCAUAGUCCUUGUCUAAAUUUCUACGAAUAGUAAUUAACGGAAAAAAAUAAAAGCCUGUCCGUACAGCUAAA